UUGCCGUCGUGGUGUUCACAAUGUUCACGUGUAAACAGCACGCCAUUCACAAGUGAGGCGCCAAGUUAUUUAAAACCAAGUGCAUCGUAGGUACUUUGUGUUAUUUUAAGAGCUCCUGGGUUUUUAGUACAAUAGUUUGAGACAACAUUAUUGUCCGUCGUGUGGUGCAUGUGCAUCUGUUAUCAGUCAUGGUUCGCGUAAUCAGCCAGGAGACCUACGAUGAAGUCGUGCGUGAGAACAUUGAGGAGUUUUCCAUGUCUCCCGAGGAGGCCAUCAAGGAGGCUGUCGAGCAAUUCAAGGCACAGGGUGUUGAUUUGACAAACAUCAUAAAGGAUCUCUCGCUGAAUGAUGGGGCAAAUGACAUAACAAGUUGCAUAAAAAAACUCUCAGAGUGCACCAAAAGUAAAGAGCACGAACAUGCUGCUCCUCUACUGAACAAGCUCAGGUCAGAGUUGGAGAAGGACAUUGCGCGACGAGUUUUUGCUGGCAAAAAUGGAGCUUACAGUAUACUUUUGGAUGUUAUGACUAGCUGCAAAGACGAUCCAAUUUUAUUGAGGUUGGCUCUCAAAACCAUCACUGCUUUGAUGACGGGUAACCCAGAUUUGUUGGACGAGACUGGGAUACAAUUACAAAAGAGAUUAUUGGAAAGUAAUCACAGUGAUCCACAGACUUUGCAGCUUAUAUUAAAAUGGAUCAGAGAGUGCUGCAUCAAACACGAGUUGAACAGACAAAAAAUCUUUAAGGCUGGUAUUUUAGACGAUUUAAAGUCGAUUCUUGCGGAAAGAGAUGCAAGUAUUGCAGUUGUGAAAGAAGUCUGUGUUGUCCUGAGAGCCUUAACAUUGGAUGAUGAUUUGAGACACGAUUUUGGAAAAGCACAUGAACACGCAACUGCCAUUGCCAGACAGACCUUACAAACCCUUACAGCAUUAUUAUCAACUUAUAAGACUGAUAAAAUUGUAGUAGGAGAGAUAAUGCUGACAGCAGCAGCUCUUAUUGUUAGAAACGAAUUUUGCAAGGAAUUUGAAGAAGCAGGAGGAUUGGAAUUUAUUUUGGAUGUAUUCACAAAUCACCCUGACGUGGAAAAAAUUAAUUGGCAGGCACUCAAGUUACUUAAAAGUUUAGCUGGUAAUGACGACGUCAAAACACACAUCGUCACUUCUGGACUUGCGCCUUUGAUUAUUUAUGCCAUAAGUAGAUUUAAGGGUUCUGAAGCCGUGGUAACAGCCGGUCUUGGCUGCAUAUCUGCACUGACUUUAAAAAGUUCUUCAAACGCAGGUGUUUUCUAUGAUGGCGGCGCGGUUUCUAUUAUCAUCGACGUAAUGAAGGCCUACCCCAACAGCGUUAACGUGAUGCAGCAUGCGGCCUGGGCAAUUCGUAACAUGUCUGUACGAAAUAACAUCGAAUCUCGUGAGUUUAUUGCUUGUGGUGUCGAGGAGCUGCUGAACAACGCACUUACGGUGCACACGAAAACUCUGGAGUCGGAUAUCAAGGCAGCGCUUCGCGAUUUAGGCUUGCAAGUACAGCUGAAAGAACAGUGGACAGGAAAAGGUCAUGCACUAAAAAAUGAUCAGUGAGAACAAGCUUGGCUUGGUCUUUUUUUUAUUCCUCCUCUUAGAGGAAUGUACCUUUUUAUAAUGGCGUUAGGUUAUUAAAUCAAAGACUAUUUUCAAAUCUCCUUCAAAGUGCAUCCUUUAUAUUUCAAUGAUUUAAUUGGUCGAAUUAUUUACCGUCUUUCGUCACAAUUAAUUAAUUUUGCGUAAAUUA